AUGAAGGGCAUCUGGAAUUUUCCAUUCGCCUUGUACUCAAUAAGCUUCAUGGGAAGUCUGGUAUAUGGCACAAUUGAACACUAUACAAGAUUUCCAUUCAGCUUAAAAUUCAACAAUGUCCAGCACAAAUGUCCACCCAUCAAUGGUGGACAGGAUGACCUACCAGGCUUUGAUCUGAUUUCCAAGUUUCAGAUUGACAGAGCUGCCUCUGUCGGAGCUAUACAGACUGUCGUGGGGACAUCACCAUUCCAAGUGGCCUAUCAGUUGGGAACAAAUGUUGACUUCAGGAUUCUGACCAGGCACAUCUAUGGCAGUGGGCUACCAGAGGAAUAUUCCUUCAUGUUUACUUUCCGGAUGAAGGACAGCACCAAAAACAAAUACUGGAGUAUCUGGCAAAUUGUAGACUCGGAGGGAAAGCAGCAAGCAGCUAUCAAUUUUAAUGGUCCUAAGAAAGCCCUUGAGUUCUCUUACAAGGGAGCAGAUGGGAAAUUGAACACUCUCACGUUUGCCCGUCUCCCCUUCCUGUUUGAUACUAAUUUCCAUAAAGUUCUUUUUAGUGUGCAAAAGGAUAAAAUCACACUUUAUAUUGAUUGCAUCAAAGUGGAUUCAUUCAAGCUGGUUCCAAGAGGCAAAGUUAGUCUGGAUGGCUACACUAUCAUAGGAAAGCUGAAAAGUAACAAUGAAGUAUCUGUGCCGUUUGACCUCCAAUGGAUGUUAAUUCAUUGUGAUCCUCUAAGGCCUGAGAGAGAGUCCUGCACAGAGCUGGAAGCCAUAAGAGGGAUCACCCAAGUAUUGAUACAGAGAGGACCGCCGGGACCCCCUGGACCAGUAGGUCCCCCUGGACCAUCAGGAGUUCCUGGCAUAGAUGGCAUUGAUGGAGACCGGGGUCCAGAUGGUCCUCCAGGCCCUCCGGGUCCAGAUGGGGAUUCAGGCAAACCAGGAUCUCCCGGGUUACCAGGCGAGCCAGGAGCCGAUGGACUGACUGGACCUGAGGGAAUCCCUGGGCCUUCUGGACCAAGAGGUCAAAAGGGUGAGCCUGGACUGCCAGGUUCUCGUGGUUUGUCGGGUGGAGGAGUUUCAGGGCCACGAGGAGUACCUGGUCCCCCUGGACUUCCAGGAGAGUUAGGUCGGGGCGGUUCUGUGGGUGAUGCUGGUGGAAGAGGACUUCCAGGACCUCCAGGGCCACCCGGACCACCAGGGACAGUUGCUCUGCCGGAAGGAGAUCCCCUGUGCCCUAAUUCAUGCCCACCAGGCCGUCCGGGAUAUCCAGGUUUGGCUGGAAUGAAGGGCCACAAAGGUGUGAAAGGUGAAGCCGGGGAACCUGGAAAACAAGGUCAUAAGGGAGAAGAAGGUGAACAAGGAGGGCUUGGUGACAUUGGUGCCCAAGGACCUCCGGGACCACAAGGUUUAAGAGGAAUAACUGGCAUUAUGGGACCAAAAGGUAACAAGGGUGCUCGUGGGGGAGAUGGAGAGCCUGGUCCUCAAGGGGUUGCUGGUGCUGCUGGUGACCAAGGUCAAAGAGGUUCAAUAGGAGAAGCUGGACCAAAAGGUGAUAGAGGAACUGUUGGACCAAGAGGUAUCACUGGAAUGCCAGGUUCUAAGGGUGAAUCGGGAUUGCCUGGUGUCGAUGGCCGUGAUGGAAUCCCUGGAAUGCCAGGAACAAAGGGUGACUCUGGAGAACCUGGAGCCCCAGGAGAAGCAGGUCUUCAAGGAUUGCCAGGUUUGCCAGGCAAUCCAGGAGCAAAAGGAGUAUCUGGAGAGAAGGGAAACUCUGGUUCUCCAGGUGUAGCUGGAUUAAUGGGAAAAUCUGGUAAACCUGGUGAUCAAGGACCUCAAGGGGAAGUUGGGCCAAUAGGACCUGUUGGACCUACAGGUGACAGGGGAGAGACAGGUCCUGAAGGCCCACCUGGACAACCAGGAAAACAAGGUCCACGAGGUGAUCCUGGCUUUUUAGGUCUGCCUGGCCCUCCUGGCCUUCCAGGACUUAAAGGUGACAGGGGUGGUGUCGGAGAGACUGGACCUAAGGGAGAGCAGGGUGGAGCGGGAGAAGAAGGAAUUGGUGGAGAUAAAGGUGACCAGGGUGACAAUGGAAAUCUAGGCGCAAAGGGAUCAACUGGAAGUCCUGGAGAGCCUGGUAAUCGUGGGCCAGAAGGCGGUCGUGGUCUACCAGGUGUAGAAGGUCCUCAAGGUUCCUUGGGUCCUCGUGGUAUGCAAGGCGAACAAGGUGCACCUGGGUUACCAGGAAGCCAGGGCCCCGCAGGUAGAGAACCAACAGAUCAGCAUAUCAAACAAGUCUGUAUGAGAGUUUUGCAAGAACAGUUAGCAAACUUGGCAGCUAGUUUACGAAGGCCGGAAUCUGGAGCAGUUGGUUUACCAGGACGACCAGGCCCACCAGGACCACCUGGUUCACCAGGAGAUAAUGGUGUUCCUGGACAUGUUGGUGCAAGAGGUCUUCCUGGGCUAAAAGGUCCUUCAGGAGAAAUUGGUCUUAAGGGUCCAAAAGGUGAUUCUGGUGAAAGAGGAGAGAGAGGAUUACCAGGAAGAGGUCCAAAAGGCUUGCCGGGAAUACAAGGACUUAUAGGUGAACCAGGAAAGCCAAGCUAUGGACGAGAAGGCCGUGAUGGAGAGAGAGGUCCCCCUGGUGCUCCUGGACAACCUGGAAUUCCAGGACCCCCAGGUCCUCCUGGCCAAGCUGGAUUCUGUGAUCCUUCCUCUUGCAGCCUCCAGGCCAUUGCUGCUCCCCAGUCUGCUAAAGAUGAAAACAUGAAAGGGCCUUGAACGACUAACAUUAUGUUACUGUCUGCAAAUACAACCAACAGCAAAGAUUGGAUUGAAUGGGAGAGAUGAUAAACAAGGCUCUUUAUAAUUCUAAGCAGCAGACAUUAACAAACUGUGACAUUUAUAAUUUAAAUGAAAUAACUACCGAAUUUGAAAAAAAAAGAUGGUGCUUAAAAUACUCAGUGAAGACCUCCAUAAACAUCUCUGAAAAAUCUGAAAUACUGUAUAUCAUUCUAAUAAAUGUUUUAUUUGCCAUGUAUAGGAUGUGCAGGUGAUUCCAUGGAUGAAGAAAUGCUGUGUAUUUACCUCAAGUUUUAAUCCCCGUUUUAGUUACUGUCUAUAGCCCACAACUGACUACAUUAAGACAUACAACAAUGAUGUAGGGUAUACGAAAUAAAAUUUGCCCUCAGCUUUAAAAUAUGUAACACCCCAGACCAAAGACCCCAGCCCAAAUGGUAACAAUGAAAUGAAAUGACACUCUCAUCUAUGGUCCAUCCAUUGUGUGCUUUCUUAUUGGUUCACUGUAUCUACCUAUGGAGGGAAAUGGCUCCUGUACAAAAUGUAGUACACUGAGUACACAACAUGUGCUGUAAAGUUCUGUAAAUGUGCUAUGCUUUGCAAUUAAAAAAGUGAUGUUUCUUCUUAAUUUUAUGUUCUUGUGAAGCAUUGUGGUAUUACAGCUUAUAAUCCAACUCGCCCAUAUGAGACAUCAGCUCCUGAAAGUGAUAAAAGCAAUCUCAGAUUUUAAUAUCCAGAAAUAAAAUUGUUUUAUAACUGAGAAUAUUUAUUUUCAUGUGGCAUCUCUGGUUGUUUGAGAGAGAAAAAAAGAAAGAAUAAAUACU